AUGAUCAAGAAGUUGCAUUGUCUCUCAAAACCUAAAAACUAUUACCCGAUCACCAUGUCUUUUGCAACCAGAAUGAUGAGCAUUAUACUCUCUCUUCAAAUCAUUACAGCUUUUCUCUUUAUUACCGCCACAGCCUCAUCACCUCCCAGCGGCUUCACCAUGGACCUAAUCCACCGUCGCACUAAUUCAUCAUCUUCUCGACGCUCUAAUGUUGAUGAUCAACUCCGAUCAUCUCCUUACGCCGACAUCUUCUUUGAAACCUCCGAGUAUCUCAUGAAACUCAAAAUUGGUACACCUCCUGUCGAGAUCGACGCAGAAAUAGACACAGGCAGCGAGAUCAUAUGGACACAAUGUCUGCCUUGUCUUAACUGCUACAACCAACGCAAUAUAAUAUUCGACCCUUCGAAAUCCUCGACCUACAAAGCGAGAACAUGCAAUACCCGUAACCCUUCUUGUAACUAUGAUUUGGUCUACGGAGACCAAAGCUACACCAUAGGAAGCUUAGCAACCGAGACCGUCACCAUCCAAUCCACUUCUGGCCACUCCUAUGUAAUGCCUAAAACCGUUAUUGGAUGUUCGCACAACAGCUCAGGGUUUAUAACAACCGCUUCGGGCAUUGUUGGUCUAAGUUGGAUGUCUUUAUCUCUCAUCUCUCAGAUGGGUAAAGACAUGCUCGGUGCCUUUUCUUACUGCUUUUCGCCUGAGGGAACUAGUAAGAUCAGCUUUGGAAGUAAUGCUAUUGUGUCGGGAGAUGGGACUGUAUCAACACCUAUGUUUACGAAAACGGAGAAACCUGGUUUCUAUUACCUAAACUUAGACGCCGUCAGCGUUGGGGAGACUCGCGUUGAAACAUUGGGGACACCGUUUCACGCCGUAGACGGGAACAUGAUGAUAGACUCUGGAACCACCUUCACCUACUUGCCCGCUAGCUACUGCAGCCUAGUGAGGGAGUCGGUGGAAAAGGUUGUGACUGCGGAACAAUUUACUCUCUCCGACGGCACGCAUUGCUACAAAACGAAGACGAUGGAUAUCUUCCCAGUGAUCACAAUGCAUUUCUCUGCAGGUGCAGAUCUUGUUUUGGAUAAAAACAAUACUUAUAUGGCUGACGGAGAAGCCAUUUGUCUGAUGAUUAUGUGUAGUCCGAUGACACCAGUUGCUGAAGCGGCCCUUUUUGGUAACAGAGCACAGAACAACUUCUUGGUUGGUUAUGAUCGUUCUUCACUACAGGUUUCGUUUAAACCCACCGAUUGUGGUGUUACAGAAGACAAAAAACCAAGAGACUCAACUUCUGCAGCAUCGUUUUCACAGUUUAACAUUAAGUUUGUUUUAUUUAUAGUUGUCCUUUCACUAAUAAGACUAUAGAGAAUGGGUUUGUUUUAUUUUUAUAUGUACUUUCAUUAAUAAUACUAUAGUGAAUGGAUUUGUUUUAUUUAUAUAUGUCGUUUCUAAUAAUACCAUAGAGAAUGGAUUUGUUUUAUUUAAUUUGUCCUUUCUUUAAUAAGACCGGAGAGAAUGGAUUUGUUUUAAACAUCAACUAGAUUUUGAGGGUUUAUUUUCCUUUUUUUUUUCAAUUGACAAAUAUUUAGUAAAUGUCAUAUUUCAU